AUGUGGCUCCCCAAGACCAGGCUCUGCCCAGCAGCCACACCCCAGCUACCACCUCAGCUUCAAAAUCCGUGGAAGACAGCUGAGGUGGAAGUAAUUGAGACUCUGCGCCUGCUUCUUGUAGACCUGCUUGGUCCCCUCUCCGUACAGCAGCUUCGGCAGGAUGAUGGCCUUAUACAUCUUCCGUUUUGUGCCAAGUUGAAGACCGUGACGAUUUCACACUGUGUUUUGAAUACGACCGAAGGCUUGGCUGGCCCUGGAAAUCUGGUGGGCCACUUCAUCGUCGACUUUGGUGCUGCGGGAGAGCGUACUGUUCAGAUAUGUGAAGUUGUCCAUCACUUGCAAUUGAGCGUCGUCCACGUUGAUUUGGGGUGCGACGUAUGCAGUGUCAGGUGGCGGUUGAUGCAUAACCCUCGUCUUCUCCGUGUUGAUGAUCAGGCCGAAGUUCUCACAGGCGGUGGCGAAAAGAUCCAUGCUCCUUUGCAUCUCCCCUUCUGA